AUGGCCACGGCAGCAGCAGACAAGUCUCCAAAGGAGCCCAGGGAGAAGGACUCCAGAGAUAAAGAGUCCAGGGAUGUGACAGAGUCCGAGACCGCGUCGAAUGCCACCACUCCGGCCCCCUACAGCACUCGCUCGCGGAACAGGGUCGGGGCCCGUAUCAACUAUGCUGAAGACAACACAGAGCUGGACGCAGAGCUCGACCAGCCCAUGCCUCCCGCCAGCACCAACGCCGGCAGCAGCACAAGAGGAACUCCCGGCCGCAAGCCAAGGGACAGGGACGCCGCGGCCCAGACCACCAGCGGCAACAUCAGCAGCAGCAACAGCAACAACCACAGCAGCAGCAACAGCAACAACCACAACAGCAGCAACAGCAACGAGAAACCGCCGGGCAUGAGCACGCGCAGGGCUGCGGCGGCCGCUGCUGUCAACGGCGCCGCGGCCAAGGACGGCAAAGAUACUGCCAUACCGGGCACCUCCAGCUUCUCCGCAAACCCAAACCCGGCCGUCGUCUCGAAGAAGAGGAAGCAGCCCGGGGCCAGCACGACGGUACAGAACGUCGUGCCCGCCAACGGAGGCGGCCAGGCCGGUAAGAGGUUCAUUGCCGCUGGUUCGCGCAAUUCGGAGGAGUCGGCCACCACUUCCAUGAUGACCUUUCGCCAUUCAAAGGCCAUGCUCAAGAACGGCAAACUAAAGGCUGACGACGGCACCCUCCUCGCCCCAAACGGUGUGUCCCUACUCCUCACCUAUAAUAUACUUCUAUAUACUGACUGA